AGGAAGCAAGAAGCCACAAGUUUUUAUUGCUUUCCAACACUUGUAAUGCGUAGUUUCAUCCCCUUCUCUGGUGCUCUUGCGGAGGGUUUCUUGGGCACAAGGCCAAUUCCAGGAACACAAUUCUGCAAGACCUGUGGUGGAAUUUGGCCUGGAGCUGUUUAUCUUUGGCUUCUCUAGUCUACUAAAUGCUUCAGUUCACAAGUCAUGGCAGAUUUUGAUGAGGUCUUGUUGGGGCAGAGAUGGGGCAUGACCAAGCUCAACUUUCAGAGCUGCACCACACAAACAGCAGUCAGCUAGUCACAACCAUGUUACCACUGUCGUUGCUGAGGACCGCCCAAAGCCAUCCUAUGCUGGUGGAGUUGAAGAAUGGCGAAACGUACAACGGCCACCUUGUUAGCUGUGACAACUGGAUGAACAUCAACAUGCGAGAAGUGAUCUGCACGUCUAGGGACGGCGACAAGUUCUGGCGCAUGCCGGAGUGCUACGUGCGGGGCUCGACCAUCAAGUACCUGCGCAUCCCGGACGAGGUUAUCGACAUGGUCAAGGAGGAAGUCAUGGCCAAGGGUCGGGGGCGCGGCGACGGCAAGGGUCGCGGAGGACAGCGGGGCCGGGGCCGGGGAGGCUUCGGCGGCCGAGGGCGCGGCGGCCGCGGCGGCGGACGG